GUAUAAAUAAGUUACAAGCGACCUACAGCAUAGUGCUACCAAGCAUACAGAGUAUUAGGAACUGACAGGAUGCUCCAAACCAAGCGAAACUGUUUUAGAUGUCUGCAAGUCUGUAAUCUGUUGAUGUCAUUCCUUAUUUUAAGUACUAAUGCCGGCCAUGAAAACAUUGUGGAAGUAAAACAGGGAAAGGUCAGCGGCAUAAAUUUAUCAGUAAAGUCAGGUUAUGUCACUGCAUAUCUAGGAAUUCCAUAUGGGGAACCACCAACUGGAAGGCUAAGAUUCAAAAAGACUGAGCAACGAAAACCAUGGCACGGGGUGCUAAAAGCUGACAAGUUUGGGAAAUCUUGUUUUCAAAACAGGGAAAAUAAAUUUGCUGAAUUUCCUGGUACUGAAAUGUUUCUAGUGAACAAUGAGAUGAGCGAGGACUGUCUUCAUCUUAAUGUGUGGGUGCCACCUUCUAAGCCAAAAGAUGCCCAUGUUAUGGUGUUUAUCCAUGGAGGUGGAUUUGAGUCUGGCACAACUUCCUUAGAUAUAUAUGAUGGAAGCGUGCUUGCUUAUGCAGAAAAUGUUAUUGUGGUAUCAAUGAACUACAGAGUUGGAGCAUUUGGGUUUUUGGCUUUGCCAGGACACAAGGAUGCACCAGGAAAUGCUGGAUUAUUUGACCAGAGGUUAGCUCUGCAGUGGAUCAAUGAAAACAUUGCAGCUUUUGGUGGGAAUCCUGAUAGAGUGACUAUCUUUGGACAUAGUGCUGGGGCAGCAUCUGUUGGGUUUCAUUUAAUAUCACCUAAAAGCUAUCCAUACUACAACAGAGCCAUAGUCCAAAGUGGGUCUGGGACAUCAAACUGGGCAUUAAAUUCUGAAGAGAGAGCAAAACGCUUAGCUUUGAAAUUAGCUGAAGUUCUCGAAUGUCCUCAAACAGACGAUGACGCUAUUAUAACUUGUUUAUUAAAUGAAGAUCCAAAACACCUGACUGAAAAGCAACUUUUGGCUAAGGAACCAUAUGCCCUUACUCAGUUUCUUCCCAUUGUAGAUCAUGAUUUUCUAGUAGACGUUCCAGAAAAUGUCCUAGGCCAAUCUAUGAAAAGAACAGACAUUUUGUUAGGAAUAACAAAGGAUGAUGGAAACCCUUUUACUUUAAUAGGUUCUACUGACUUUAACAUACAAACUGAAAGCUCAAUUAGUUCAGCAGAGCUGUUAGAAAGGCUGAAAAGAUUCUUUCCUUCAGCAGGUGAUCUUGGUAUACAAUCCAUUCUAUUGCAAUAUAAAGACUGGGAAGAUGUAAAUAAUGGUGAGAAAAAUCGACAAGCCAUGGAGCUGAUUCUUCGGGACUAUUACUUUGCUUGUCCUGUAAAAGGUUUUGCAAGAUAUGCUGUUGAACAUCAAAAUAACGUAUUCUUCUAUGAAUAUGAUCAUCGGUCAUCAAAUGAUCCUUGGCCAGAAUGGAUGGGAGCUCUGCAUGGUGCUGAAUUACCAAUGCUGUUUGGGAAACCAUUUAUCAAUAAAGGUCGUUACACCAGAUCUGAGCUCCUUUUUAGCAAAAGAAUUAUGAAAUUGUGGGCCAAUUUUGCAAGAACGGGAUCACCUAAUGUUGAAGCAGAAGAUGGAUUUGUAUGGCCACAGUACUCACUUAAAGAUGAAAAAUAUGCAGUUUUGAAGCUGAAUGGAUCAGAAGUUCACCAAAUGUUGAGCAUGCGCAAUUGCCAGUUUUGGAAUUUCUUCUUUCCUUCACUCCUAAAGCUUGUAAAAUAAUGAACGUGCUGGGAAGUCUGAAACUGGACAACAACAACACAAUAGUCUAUUGUAAUAAAAAUGUCACCAGAGUAGAAGCUACUAAGAAGAUGACCCUAUUCAAGUUGUACUUAAACUAAAAUGAGUUGUACGUAAUUAUCAACAAUGUUUGAAGUUUGACAAGUAAAAGAGCACCCACUGAGGUCCAGAGUUUGAUUAUUUGCUAAUUUGGAUUGCAAGUUAAUGAAUGUACAAUUAUCUCAUCGGGUAAAGCACAAGUGCAUUAUUUGGUUUUUACCAUUGAAACCAGCCCAUCCCUGUAAUCAGAAGAGUUUAUUUAAUGACCAUCACAAUGCAUUGUCUAGCAUGUUGGUGAAAGUGCCACCUAUGUUUCAUGGCUGUAGAUUAUAUGGAAUGUUGGGGGCUACACUGAGAUAAUAAACUUGUAAGGAACAGUAAUGGCAAGUAUUUAGAACUGUUACUUUUCUAUAUGUUAAAGGGUGCCCUCAAUCCCACCUGUUUUCACAUCUUAGCAUCCAAAAACGAGAUUUUUUUUACUGAGUCUAAAUCUUGUGCUGCAAGUUCUGCCAUUAUAAAGUAAAAUGUUAUAACCUUAAUAUGGACAGCGUGCUUUAUUCUUUUUACCCUGCUGCAGUCUGUGUCCCAGGGUUUGCAGAUAACUCGAAUCAGUAAUUAUAUUAACUGCCUGAUCCUCCCAUUUAUGCUUUUUGAUUUGGCUUUGUAAAAAGAUCGCUUCACAUCUUGGUUUCUCAGUGUAUAGAUAAAGGGGUUAAUUGAGGGAACAAAUAUGGUGUAUAGAAGGGAGACAAGCUUGCCAUGGGUGGAAGAAUAGUUGGAAAUAGGUUGCAUGAUUGUUAUCAGAACAGUGCUAUAGAAGAGAAAGACUACUGUGAGAUGGGACACGCAGGUGGAGAAGGCUUUUUGCCUACUUUGAGAUGAAUUGAUUUUCACAAUAGCAGCAAUGAUGGAGACAUAGGAGGCAAUAGUAAGAGAGAAUGCAGGCAUACCUACCAAUGCCCCGGCUAAAUAAGUCAUGACUUCGAUUCUUCUGGUAUCAGUAGAAGAAAUUUUCAGCAAUGCUGAGUAAUCACAGUAGAAAUGGUUGAUUUGCGCUGUUUGCAGUGGCAGUUGAACAAAAGCCCUUACAUGGGACAAUGGCUCUAGCAUACCAGCUACCCAACAUGCUGCAGACAUUACAGUGCAAACUUUAUAGUUCAUGAGAAGAUGGUAUUGUAAAGGCUUACAAAUAGCUAUGUAACGAUCGUAAGCCAUAGCUGCCAAGAGAAAAAAUUCAGCUGCAGUCAAAAACAUGAAAAAAUAGAGCUGCGUAAUACAGCCAUUAUAGGAAAUGCUGUGAAUCCUCGUUACCAACAUGACGAGACACUUUGGCUGAAUAGCUGAGGCUAAUGAAAAGUCCAGAAAUGAGAGGUUGCACAGAAAGUAGUACAUGGGUUUAUAAAGGCGUGGAUCUAGGCAAAUUAUAAUUAUGAUAAGUACAUUGCCUGCGAGAGUGAGAAGAUAGAUCGAUAGAAACACAAGGAAUAAUGGCGUCUGGAGUUCAGAGAUUUCUGUGAUGCCUUGGAGAUAAAGUUCCAUGAGUUUGCUUUGGUUUGCAUGCUGCAUGCUGGGAGUUAAGAAAAUAAAGUUAAGAGACUCACAUAUGACAAAAACGGUUGAUCUGUUUCAAAAGUUCCCGUUUAUUCUCAAACAUGUUUAAAGCAGAAUCUGUAAAGUAUAAUAUAUUUUUGUACGGAGGCAGCCUAAAUUCAUGUUUUAUAUCAUGACCUUGGACACAACUGAAAGAGCACACAAGCAUUAAAAGAUCAAAAUAAAAAAAAACAAGAUCAAAUAAAACUGUGGAAAAAACUUAAAUAUCUUAAAUUUGUACAUUUCACCUCGUUUUUAUUGGGUUGAAAAGCUCAAACAAAAUUUGAAAAACUCAAAUUCACUAAAUAGGUAAAAUUUGAACUAAAAUAGCUUACAUUGACUUCUAAAUUACUCUGCAAGAAAUGUGACAUUCACAAUUUUUGUUUUUUUCAAUUAAUAAAUAUUAUUAAAACGCA